AUGAUACAUCUCCCGUUGAUACACAACAGGGUGCUCAUUUUUAGUAUCGAUGAUAUUAAGAAACUUCGACAGAUAGGUAUUGUCGGUGUGCUUGUGGGCACGCUCCCGAAAGCCCCCCAGCAAAAUGUGUUUCUAGGUGUACCUCUUCAGCUCAGCAUCUACGAGGUACUCUGGCUUAUCGACAAUGGUCAUGCCAUUCUCAUAGAUAAUAAGGCCUAUCACGAUCAGCUUACGGAAGAGUCAACGCCGGUGGAGAUGAACGAAGGCUCUAUCGUUCGUUUGGCAGGGUCCUCCAACUCACAUUACGUCAUAACUCCUAAUGAGCUGCCAAACGAGAUCGGGCUUGAUGCCUCCAAAUUCGAGGUAAACAGAGCGGAGUUCUUAGCCCGCCAGACUACCAUUGAGGAUCGUUUUGCGGAAAAGUAUGAAGCUUUCUCGAAACUUCGCUCAAUAGAUCAUUACAUUAUGCCUGGUCUACGUUUUGGCGGCACUUUUGUCAGUUACCCUGGAGACCCAUUGAGAUUCCACUCACAUUUGAUUGUCAAAUGUGUAGGGCAAAAGGAAGACAUUAAACUAAUAGAUUUGGUCACGGGCGGACGUUUGGCGACGGCUGUCAAAAAAGCAUGGGUACUCAUGUCCCCACUGGAAGAGAAGGAACAACCUGAAAAGACUUUUUCGAUUGAGUGGGCAGGCUUUGGUUGA